CAACGUUCAUGAAUUCUUCGUCGCUGUCACCAGUACUACUCGUGUUUCCCAUCGUAUGUGUAUUACUUUUACAGCCUGGCCGGAGAGACCUCGCAUGAGAAAUUGAAAUUACUAAUCAAGUCGUAGAAGUACUGACAUUGCUAUUCACUACCAGGAAGUAGCCAUUCUAAGUUUGCUUGUUUGACAUUUCUUUACUCAUCUACAAAUCAACAUGGCGGGUGCCGGUGAUACCGUAAGUGUGCGCUUCAAGCUCUAUGCAUUAACUGUUAUGACAAUAAAUGCAGCGGGGUAUAUACUCUUGUUACGAUACACAAGGACUGUUGAUGGACCCAUGUACUUCUCCACAACCACUGUAGUCAUGACAGAAGUAUUCAAACUUUUAAGUAGUAUUUGCAUGCUGUUCUCAAUGCACAGGAGUUUGUCAGCUACGGUAACUGACAUAUAUCGCAAUGUCUUUUGCAAUCCCAUGGACAGUUUUAAGAUGUGUAUACCCUCUAUCAUCUACAUGGUUCAGAAUAACUUGGCGUUUGUGGCACUGUCAAACUUGGAUGCUGGUACAUAUCAGGUUACAUACCAGUUAAAGAUAAUAUCUACAGCAUUGUUUUCUGUUAUUUUACUGCGGAAACAAAUCAGCGUUAUACAGUGGAUAUCGUUGGUGACGUUAUUUGCAGGAGUGGCAUGUGUCCAACUACAACCUGAUUCAUUUACAAAGAAAGUUGAGCAUGUGAAUUAUACAGUUGGGUUAAUUUCAAUCCUCUCAGCAUGUCUCUGUUCAGGCUUUGCAGGUGUAUACUUUGAGAAGGUACUGAAAGGAUCAGAUACAUCGCUAUGGAUACGGAACAUUCAGAUGUAUUUAUUUGGCAUUGUAAGUGGUCUGAUCGGUGUCUACACAAAAGAUUUCUUUGGAGUAAUUGAAAAAGGAUUCUUUUAUGGAUAUACUCCCUACGUGUGGGCCAUUGUUGUUGCUGGUAGUGUGGGCGGAUUGUACACAUCCGUGGUGGUCAAGUACACCGAUAACAUCAUCAAGGGAUUCUCAACUACCAUAUCAAUUAUCCUUUCAACGUUAAUGUCGGUUUAUCUCUUCGGCAAAGAGAUCACCGUGUUAUUUUCAUUAGGCGCUGGUCUUGUAAUCCUGGCUAUCUUUCUCUAUGGGAUGCCUGCACGAAAACCACCACCAUCAGCGUCAGACAGCAAAGCAUCUGGUAAACUUGCACAAACAGUAUGAACAUGACAUUUUGUACUUUGAUAGAAAUGUAAGACAUUUGUAGUUAUACUGUGAACAUGUAAAACUGGUGUAACGUUGGUUAGUUCUUUGUGGUAGCUUAUACAUGCAUUCAUACAGGAUC